UCUCUGACCGACUCCCAGCGGAUCGGCGUGGGACUGGUCGGCUUUGGCCUCUUCUUUGUCCUUUUUGGGAUACUCUUGUACUUCGACUCAGUGCUCCUGGCCUUCGGGAACGUCCUCUUCCUCUCCGGCUUGGUAUUCAUCAUCGGCUUCAGGAGGACCUUCACCUUCUUCUUCCAGCGGCCAAAGCUGAAGGGCACCAGCUUCUUCCUUGGGGGGAUCCUCAUCGUCCUCAUGCGGUGGCCCCUCCUGGGGAUGCUGCUGGAGGCUUAUGGCUUCGUCACCCUCUUCAGGAGUUUUUUCCCGGUGGCUUUUGGGUUUUUGGGCGCGCUGGCAAACAUCCCUGUGCUGAACAAGCUCUUGCAGAAGAUGGGAGGCAGCAGCUCCAUGGUGUGA